GAAAGCUCCGGGACCGCGGCGCACGGACAAUCGCGCGCGCGGACGGACGGUCGCACACACACACACACACGCACACGGAGGCACACGUACGCGUACACACUAGCGCAUCGUUCGCACACGCGCGCACGAAUACGAGUAUACGCGCGCGCGUGCGAACACGCUUUUUUUUCCGGUCCUUUUUUCUCUCUCUCGCUCUCAACACACACACACAAACACACUUAUACUCUCCUCACCGUUUCUCACCGUCCCUCACUCACUCUCUCUCAUCCUCUUUAUUUUACCCGUCCCGUAACGCACACGGCGCGCACUACGGUAUACGCGCGCGGCUCGUCGCUCGUGCAGUGUUUUCGCCCGACCGGUGAGGGUUUAUUCGCGUGCGUAUCCGCGAGAGUUCAUUUCCACAACCGCUCGAGUGUAAAUCGAUUGUGCGCGCGUGUUCGGUGUUUUUUUUUUUUUAUAUAUUUUUUUUUUUUUUUUUUUUUUUUUUUUUGGCCGUUAGUACCUGUGCGCGAGCGUGUACAACGCCUCCGCCACCGCGUCCGGCGGACUGGCAGCAGACGGACCCAGCGGCCGAGUAGCCGGAGGAGCAGGAUCACCAGCAGGAGUAGUGGUAUAAAUAGUUGUAGUAGUAGUUGUAGGAGGCGGUGGUCGGCGUCUCGCGGCUGCAGCUGCGAAGACGACCGCGACGGCGUCUACGUAUAUGCUGCUCCGGCAUCGGCCGUGGUUGCAAAACGGUGAAUCGCGUAGGCCACAGCUACGAAGACGACGACGACGACACCGCGGUGCCAGCUGCAGCGGCCACCACGACGACGAUGACGUGCGGCGGCCGGCGGCUUUCACCGUCGUACCGACACCACCGCCGCCGACCGCACCACCACCGCAAUCACCAUCGCCAUCGUCACCGCCACGUUGUCCACUGUCAGCAGCAGCCGCACCAUCACCACCACCACCACAACCACUACCACCAUCAUCACCAACAAAACCACCACCACCACCACCACCACCACCACCAAAAACGGCGGUCUCUGGACGAUUGCCAACCGCGGCCGUUCACGGCGGCGGCGGCGGCGGUGACACCCUGCUUCGAUAGCCGCACCCGGACGCCGUAUGCCACCGAGUCCAAGGCGGACGCGGCGCCAUCGGCCACCCGGCCGGCAGCGCGUCGUCACACGAUCGCAGCCAGCCGGGCGGCGGCCGCACGCCGCAUGUCCGCGUGGCUGGUGGCCUGCGUCGCCAUUUUGGCCCCGUCGGCGCCUUGCACGAAUGCCGCUAGUAUGUACGGUGACGUGAACAUUUCGGCCAUACUCGAUUCCUUCAGCGGCAGUUACGACAAAAGAGUAAGACCGAAUUAUGGAGGUCCCCCAGUAGAGGUUGGAGUCACCAUGUAUGUUCUCAGUAUAAGCUCCGUGUCCGAAGUACUAAUGGACUUUACGCUGGACUUUUACUUCAGACAAUUUUGGACGGAUCCCCGGUUAGCGUUCACCAAGAGACCAGGGGUCGAGACUCUGUCUGUGGGAUCGGAAUUCAUCAAGAACAUAUGGGUGCCCGAUACGUUCUUCGUCAACGAGAAACAGUCGUAUUUCCACAUAGCGACCACGAGCAAUGAAUUUAUCAGGAUACACCAUUCGGGAAGUAUAACACGAAGUAUUCGAUUGACAAUUACCGCGUCGUGCCCUAUGAACUUACAGUAUUUUCCGAUGGACCGACAGUUGUGCCACAUCGAAAUAGAGAGUUUUGGUUACACGAUGAGAGACAUUCGAUAUAAAUGGAACAAGGGACCAAAUUCAGUGGGUGUUUCGAACGAAGUAUCUUUACCACAAUUCAAAGUACUCGGACAUCGUCAAAGGGCGAUGGAAAUAAGUUUGACAACAGGGAACUACUCGAGAUUGGCUUGCGAAAUCCAGUUCGUCCGAUCAAUGGGUUACUACUUGAUCCAAAUCUAUAUACCCAGCGGGCUAAUCGUGAUCAUAUCGUGGGUAAGUUUUUGGCUGAACAGAUGUGCUACACCCGCCCGAGUAUCUUUGGGCGUCACUACCGUCUUGACGAUGACCACACUCAUGUCAUCGACGAACGCCGCGUUGCCCAAGAUAUCUUACGUCAAGUCCAUCGACGUGUACCUGGGCACAUGUUUCGUGAUGGUCUUCGCUUCGCUACUGGAAUAUGCCACCGUGGGGUAUAUGGCCAAGAGGAUACAAAUGCGGAAGAACCGUUUCUUAGCUAUACAGAAGAUAGCCGAACAAAAGAAGGGCGGUGGCCACGCCGGGCACGAUGGACACUCGCACUCCCACAGCCAUCACUCACGUCAUGGCCACGGUCACGGUUCAAUAUCAGGCCACAGUACACAUUCAGGACACGGUACCCUGUCCGGACACGGUGCUCUAUCGGGGCACGCCACCCUCUCGGGACACGGAACCCUUCCGCAUGGACUAUCUAGCCACGGGCUGUCUUCCCACGGGACUCUUUCCAGUCACGGAUACGACAGCGGUGGUAUUGGCGGAGGUCAUCGGCACAGUCACAUCGGUCACGGUGGCACAUUGUCCGGCUCGUUGAUGUCCGGCGAUAUGGAUCACACGCCUAGGCAAACUGAGGUACGGUUCAAGGCCCACGAUCCGAAGAACUAUCUGAAAGGCGGAUCUCUGGAGAACACGAUCAACGGCCGAGGAGACGAUGACAAUAUUACUCCGAUCCCUACGCAGCACGUUAUGCAUCCCAACAAAGACAUCAACAAAUUGUACGGGAUCACGCCCAGUGAUAUCGACAAGUAUUCGAGAAUCGUGUUCCCGGUGUGUUUUAUUUGCUUUAACCUCAUGUACUGGAUCAUAUACUUGCACAUCAGCGACGUGGUCGCCGACGAUCUGGUGCUGCUGGGAGCGGAUUAAACACUACGUGACGCAGUGUACCGCAACCGAGGUAUUGUGUAUAUAUGACUCAUAGGUAUACAUCAUAUAUACACGUAUAUGCCAUUAGUGUAUAUAUCACGGUCCGACAAAUCCCUCGGAUAACAUCGCUGACCAAUGUCAAAGUGAUUACUAUGCAAUUAAAUUUGUACUUAGAUUUAGUAAGAGCUCAACGAAAGAAAAAAUCCAUAAGUAGUAUUAACGCAAUUAUUAUGAUAUGUAUGUAAUGUUUAUAUAUAUAUAUAUAUUAAAAGAAUAUUAUUAUGUAUAAUAUUAUUAAAUUAUAUACUUUGAUGACGUAUUAAUUAAGUAUAGACAGGAUCUAACACCUGCAGGGUUUUUCACAGAUUCUCAUAGAGCUAGAAUAUAUGUUUAAAAUUAUUAAAAUAAUAUUUAUUUAAUAUUAUCAAUAAUAGAUCAUGUAUACUCGAUAAACAUUUCAACAGCCAUGGUGUUAAAACAGUUUCACCCUUCUAGUACAAUGAUAAUAUUCCUCUAACUGUAUCAGUUGAGUCAAGUUUAAAAAAAAAAACCCACGGAACGUCCAUUGCAUUUACUAUAAACUAUGCAGUUUGCCUAUAAAAAUCGAAUUUUUUAUUGUUCAAAUACGAUUUAAGUACUUCAAGUUAUGUUAUUAUACAGUUAGCCGAAAACUUAGCGUAUCCGAAAAAAAAAAUUACUAACGAUAUUUCAAUUAAAAAUUAAAAACAAAUUAUAGACCGAAAACUAUUUUUUUGC